UGGGCACUGCACGGAGGGGAGCAUAGAGGCGGGUGCUGGCGCUGUGCUGUUAAGGCCUGGGGUGCUGAAGACAAAUGCACCCCAACUGCCCCUUGCUUAUCUCUCUCCCUCAAGUCUGAUAACCCACCACAGCAUCUCAGCCCCGCCAGUCCCUUGCUUCGGUCCCCGCAGCUCGCCCAUCGCUGGCAGGCGCUGCCGCGUCCCUCCCUGGCCCGUCCCAGCCUGCACCGAGCCGCUAUGUGUCGGGGCUGCUGAGGAGCUGCGGUCCCCCUGGGCUCCGUGCUGCCCCGGGUUCGGUCUGCGCCCAGCCACUCCCGCGGGGCUGGAUGCAGCCUGCUUCUGCGGCCGGCCUCGGGCUCUGAACUUGGCGCGGAGCAGCAGAUCCAGGCGGUGCCAUGGCCGAGGGGCAGGCAGCCUCCGGGGCCGACUGGGAGAUCGACGUGGAGAGCCUGGAGCUGGACGAGGGCGAGGAGCAGCUGGGGGCCUGCCUGCUGCAGGGCGGCGGGCCGGGGGAGCAGGAGGACGAGGAGGACGACGAGGAGGAGGAGGACGGGGAAGAGGAGGGGGCGGCCCCGCGGGCCCCUAGCCAGCCCAAGCAGCAGCAGGUGGAGCAGAGGAAGCUGAGCCGGACCCCGAAGUGCGCCCGCUGCCGCAACCACGGCGUGGUGUCCUGCCUGAAGGGCCACAAGCGCUUCUGCCGCUGGCGGGACUGCCAGUGCGCGAACUGCCUGCUGGUGGUGGAGCGGCAGCGGGUCAUGGCCGCCCAGGUGGCGCUCCGGAGGCAGCAGGCCACUGAGGAUAAGAAGGGGCUAUCAGGGAAACAGGCUAAUUUUGAGCGCAAAACAGUCUACCAGAGGCCUGUCAGGACGCCCAGCUUGCUGGCCAAAAGCAUUUUAGAAGGUUAUCGCCCCAUGCCAGCAGAUCCUUACCUGGGAGGGAAUUCACCAUUGCCACCCCCUGUAAGUGACAGGAUGAGAAAAAGACGGGCCUUUGCUGAUAAAGAGCUGGAGAACAUUAUGUUAGAGAGAGAGUAUAAAGAAAGGGAGAUGAUGGAAGCCACUCAAGCUGCUGCCCUUUUCCUGCCUAACCAUAUGGUGCAUGGAACUGAAUACAAUUCCUACAAAACUGCCUUUAACCCUACCCAGGUUGAAUCUCCUAGCAAGGAGUUUUGCAACUUCUUACCAACCUGUCUUGACUUAACCAUGCAGUAUUCAGGAUCUGGGAAUAUGGAACUGAUUUCUUCAAACGUCAGUGUAGCCACUACCUACAGGCAAUAUCCCUUGUCCUCCAGAUUAUUGGUAUGGCCAAAGCGUAGCCCCAUUAGUGAUGCUUUUCUCUAUCAGCAAUGCCUACUGAAUGCUACUGCAGUCCAAGCUCUCAAACCUGGGGCAGCCUGGGACUCCAAGACUUCACAAGGCCAGGAUUGUGUAAAUUCAGAGCAGGACAUGAUGUCACCAAAAACUGAAAAUUCACUUGUGCUUUCUCAUGCUCGAGAAAUUCAGUGUGUCCCUCAGGAGGCCCGUGAGAGGUCUGCUUUCUCUCCUCCUAAAAGGACUUUUCCACAGACUUGUGAGAAGGAUUCUCUGGCUUCUCAAGAACACAUCUUAAGCAAGAUCAGCAAAGAAAAUACCAAGCACCCUCAAGCACUCAAGUAUAAUCCGUUCCACUCAUUUUUACAGCAAACAUUUCAUGACAGAUCAGGGCCUGAGUUAAAAACAUCAUUUGUAAAAGAGAGUUUUGAAGAGGCAUCUAAGAAGUACAGAGAGUGCUCCAUCAAAGAGAACCAAAAGUACAAAUUUACAAUAGACAGAUACUCAAAAGACUUUUUUGGGGCCAAACAAGCUGCAACAAAACUCUCAGCAAAUGAGCCUCUAUCAUUCUCUGUUGAAUCAAUCCUUAAACGACCCUCUUCCGCAGUCACUAAUGUCUUGCAGUAACAUCAAGUUUAAAUGUUUGCCAUCUGCAAAGUUGCUGCCACCUGCUUUUUCUCUCCAAAGAUUCGUACAAAGGACUUUGUUAUGUAAAUGGUGAUUUAAAAAAAACCCGUGUACAUAAGUAUGCAUGUUUUCUCUCAUGAAAAUAAAUAUUUAAAUUUAAAAAAUGAAAAUGGUGCAUGU